GCGGAGCCGAAGCCGAAGCCGAAGCCGAGCGGCGCAGAGCGGCCGGCGCUGCUACCGCUGCCGCUGCCCGGGCGCCAUGGAGCUGGCGGGGGCCCUGCAGCUCGGCGAGCUGGCGGCCGCCUUCGCCGCCCUCCCCGUCUUCCCGCUCUUCGACCUCGCCUACUUCAUCGUCUCCGUCCUCUACCUCAAGUACGAGCCAGGAGCUGUGGAGAUGUCUCGUAAAAGCCCUUUUGCCUCUUGGCUUUGUGCGAUGCUCCACUGCUUUGGAAGUUACAUACUUGCUGAUCUGUUACUUGGAGAAUCACCUCUUCAUUAUUUCAGUAAUAACUCCAGUGUUGUCCUGGCCACAGCAGUCUGGUAUUUGAUAUUCUUCUGUCCCAUGAACCUCUUCUACAAGUGUGUUAGCUUUCUGCCUAUGAAGCUCGUCUUUGUGGCAAUGAAGGAGGUGGUCAGAGUUCGCAAAAUUGCUGCCGGGGUCCACCACGCUCACCACCAUGGGUGGUUCGUUAUGAUGGCUACUGGAUGGGUCAAAGGUUCUGGUGUUGCUUUGAUGUCUAAUUUUGAGCAACUGUUGCGUGGGGUCUGGAAGCCAGAAACAAACGAAAUUCUUCAUAUGUCCUUCCCUACAAAGGCUAGCCUGUAUGGCACACUCCUCUUCACUCUGCAACAAACUCACUGGCUCCCCAUCUCUGAAGCCAACCUCAUCUUCUUUUUCACCAUGUUCAUGAUAGUUUGCAAGGUUUUCAUGACAGCAACUCACUCUCAUGCCUCACCUUUUGCUCCUGUUGAAGACUUCCUCUGCCCAGUUUUCUUUGGCUCUGUUUCUAGUGGACACACUAGUCAUCAUCAUGACCAACAUGGGGCCUCCCACGAUGUUUCCCAUCCUCCGCCUCCUCCUGCAAAAUCUAAGGAGGAGCUAAACGAAGGCACAAGGAAACGGAAAGCAAAAAAAGCUGAAUAAAAGAAGCAACCACACAGUAAAUAGGCCAAGAAAAUUCUUCCAGAGCUGCAUCUCAAAGCCAACUGUGACCUCGUUUAUCCUCCAGUCCUUCUCUCUGAGACCUCAGAGAAGAGUUGGAAGCCAGGACACUGCCAGGCGGGUCCCUGAAUUUCAUCUGUGCUCUCUUUGCUGCUUCUUGUUACUUGGUCUCUGUCUCUCUAUUCAGAGCUUUUUUUCAGGGAUUUGUCGAUUUGUGCCAGGAUGAUACCUGGGUGCCAGUUCCCAAACUGUCAGCAAUUAUGAUGCAGCAUUUUCAACUGAUGUAAAAUCUUUCAUUGUAUUAAUUUUUGAAUGGAGAUAGUGGUUUGUGCUCCUGCAGCUGGAUAGGUUCCUUUGAGUUUUCAUUGGCCUUCUUGAUGUCUACCAAAACAACAAACUGUUUGGACACAAUCCAUGUGGAAAUUGGAUUUUCAUACUCAAGGAAAUUAAAUGGUCUCAUAUGAGCCUGAUCUAAUUUUCUUAGCUCCUGCAUCUGCAGUAUCUCCAGUUAAUGUGACAUUUUAUAUGCAAUAAGGACAUCAACUCUGGUGUCCUGGCCAAAUUCCACUUUGGGUAAUUACAUUUUUCUCAUCUAAAUUGCCUCUGAUUGUUAAUGGAUAUAACAUUAUCUCUUUCUUAGCUAAGUCUUUGUUUGCAAGGGCUUUGAAGCUGCAGAAUGUUCUAAGUGCUAUGUAUUGGUACUGUUGUUAUUCUAAACUGUUGCGUAGUGUUGCUGCACAUUGUUAGCAAUUGUGUGUCCCACCUCAAACCUCAUUGUAUUUAACUGAGGAAGAAGCAUGGUUCUGGUUUGUUUAUAAUCCUGUGGGAUACAUGAAGGGUGUGUAAAUGAAAAGAAGUAUUUAUUACUAUUUAUUUGUAAUUGUCAGGGCACCAAAUUAAUGGACCUGAAACUGGCUUUUUUAAAAAGCUUUGCAUCUUUAUAUACAGAAUUGGAUACUUCUAAGUAAGGUCCUAAGCCCACAGCUACAUGCUGCCUUGUGCUGGAAGUUAGCCUCAACUCUUUCCCUAUGUACAGAAAGGAGUAUUUAUUUCCCAUAUUUUUAAACUAACAUUUAAAGGCUGAGAAAGGGGAUUUCACAACAGAUGGAUUAAAAUUACUUUAAAGGACUAAUAAGAGAACACCAGCUGAAGAAACUGAGUAUCCUUUGUACGUCUCUUUUAGUGAAACUACUGACCUGUGGGAGGAGUUUGUGCCCAGUGAGUGAAGAAUAUCAAAUGUCUUGCAUUGCUCAGGGAGCAGUCUGUCUCGGCUUAGUGAAUAUUGGCUUUUAGAGUAGUUUCAAACUGUUCUUAUAACUGAUUUUGUUCUUAAAAGCAUCAUCUGGAGCACUGUGCCCUAAAGACCUGAAUUUGUUCUGAAUUUUUUUCAUCACCAAGAGCUGAGAUCAUUGCUGUGGAAAUGACAUGCUUGGGGAUGGAGCCUUGGGCUUUCAGUUAAGCAGCAUGUUGCCAUCCCAAUGAUAAGGUUUUCUUGCUGUCAUCCUGAAUUUGAAAGUGGUGGUAAGUAAGGGGCUUGAAACCGGGAAUAUAAAUUGGAGGACUUUAAGAACUCCCCCCUUUUUUGUCCCUAUUGCAAAACUGAAACUACAAUGGUUAAUUUAACAAAAGAGUACCUGUAACCUAAAGAUUCUUGUAUACAACCAAAUGAAAGCCAGUACGGGAGGUCAGAUUAACUGUGGGCUUGGGUUUUGAAAGUGCCUUAACUUUGUGACUCUCCCUCCCCUUUGGUAGAAAACAGGAAUUCUACCUGGUUUUGCAGAUACUAUUCUACUGAAACCUGAUGUAUCACUAGCAUGCACAAGACUGUAAUUCAUGUUUCAUGAGAUGUCUGGUUUAAGGAGAAUUUUGUUUUAUGAAAGCCCUCAAAAAAAAAAUAAAAAUCGUGAAGUGACUCUGGUUGUUCAAUGGCA